AAUGUCCACAUCUAACAUUGCAGCAAGAGUGGAAACUUGGCUUUCAGCCAGGUGGCAUGUUAGAGUUCCUUUGACGUGGCUGGAAGCAUGUAUUAAUUGGAUCCAGGAAGAAAGUAGUGGUGGUAACUUAAGUCAAGCUCAGAUUAACAAGCAAGUAUUUGAGCAAUGGCUGCUUACUGAUCUAAGAGACUUGGAAUAUCCUGUUUUGCCUAAGUGCAUCUUAGAUACCCCCAAAGGAGAGUUUUCAGGCUUCUACUCCAUACAAAUUGAUGCACUGGUUGAUGUUAGCCAGCCAGCAUAUUCUCAGUUGCAGAAGCUGAGAGGGAAAAGCACUGUAAAUGAAGAAGUAACAGCCUGUACUCAGACAUUUCAGAAGCCCUGGGAAGCAAAGCCUACUCGAAUGCUGAUGCUACAGCUAACUGAUGGGAUACAUCAAAUUCAGGGCAUGGAGUAUCAACCCGUGCCUGUCCUCUACAGUAAUCUUCCUCCCGGAACAAAGAUCACUGUACAUGGUAAUAUUGCAUAUCGUCUUGGAGUCCUUCUCCUUAAACCGGAAAAUGUGAAAGUGUUGGGGGGUGAGGUGGAUACUCUUCUUGAGGAUUAUUCUCAGGAAAGGGUCCUUGCUAGAUUAAUUGGAGAAACUGAAAACCCUAGUUCUGCUGGACAAGCUGGUCGUGAACAAGUUAUUCCAAGGCCUGUGGACGAAUUAGAACAAACUCUUGGCCCUUUGGAUGAGGAGCUUUUAGCCAGUCUUGAUGAAAAUGAAUUUGCUUUAAACAAUGAAACAUCUUUAGAAAGCGGAUAUGGCAGCAGAAGCAACAACUUUAGUACAGCCUCAAGUUCACUGACUGCACACAAUGGAAAUGUUUUGCUGCAGAGCUCUGUUAGUCCUUUGCUUCAUUCAGAUGAACGAGUUUCGCCUCCCAUAGAACACGCUGACAGCUUUUCAAAUGACUUUCCUUUAGAAGAUGAUUUUCUUCUGGAAGAAGAGGUGCAAAGAGAGCUGGAAGAAGAGUCACUGGUGGUCAUGAACAGAGAUGUAGGUUUAGUUGCAGAGAGACUUCCACAUAUAUCUAGAAGCUCCUGCAAUUCAUCUUUAAAUGACACUUGUGAAAAAGAUGAUGUGAAUGAAAGAGAGAAGCCUAUGGAAGCUACCAGUGAGGAAAAGAAUUUUGGAAGAGCAGUAUUUCAUGAAGAUCGAAAUAAUAUGAAUAGGUUUUUUGAGUACAAAAAUCAGAGCUGCAGUUCUGCAAAUUUUUCUUUGGAAAAUCCUUCUGAAGAAAGGCAGAAUGAAUUGGGCCUAGAUGAGAGCAGAUGCAAAUCCCAGCACACUUCUGACAGCAGGGUGUUAAAUGGUGAUCCUGUAUGUUUCUCAAAAGUAGAUCCAGAAGCAGAUCAGCAGAAGCAUGAUUCACAGACCUUUUGUGGCAGAGCAGUAGAGGCACCUUUAGAUCUAGAUUCUCCACCUUUCACAUAUAUUUCCCUUCUCCUUGCAAGAAAACCAAAGACUGUUACUAUUCUGAAAGUUAAGUGUUUUAUUGUUACUCUCACUGGAAACCUCACAAACAGCAAUGGAUCGUGGGGUAUAAAGGCAAAAAUUUCUGAUGGUUCUGCUUACCUUGAAGUAGAUUUUGCUAAUGAUAUUCUAACAAGCUUGAUUGGCUUUUCAGUGCCUGAAAUGAAUAAGAUGAAAAAGGAUCCAGCUUUACGUUUAAAGCUUAAGGAUGGUUUAGAGAAAUGUCAAAAACAACUAGUAGAUCUCUGUUGUUUGAUGACUAUUGAGUUUGAUCCAAUUCAGUCUAGAGCUACUGUAUUAGUUCUCCAGGAUGUUGAUGCAAGGCAUCUGGAACAAUUGAAGAAACGGUUAAAUAAAUAA